AUGAGGAUGACUGCCAGGGAAAUAUGUCUGUUGGGUCGCUACUUCGGCCUGGGCGGUGCAGAGCUGUGUAACGCAGCAUCGAAUUCCACCCCUCUCGAUUGGGGUUGCGUGUCUGCUUCGCGAUCUCUUCUUGCCUGGCCCGUGGUGCGAACGGCGCGCGCGCGAGCCAGCAGGGCCACCAUCGAGAAGCACGCGGACGCUGCGACGAGGGGAGCACGCCGGCAAACGACCCUGCCCGCCGAGCUGCUGCCGCGAGGCCGCCGAGCAGCUCUACGCGUGAGCCCUUCGCAGGGCGCCUGCGGGGUGCGGCCUGUCCGGUGGCAGUCCCUGGGGCCACCUUUGGCGGAGGUUCGGUCUCGAG